AUGGCAAAAUCUCCUUUAGCAAUAUGUCUAUUGUCUAUAAUAGUAGCAUCAAGUACAUUAUAUGAAGCCCAAGGACAUUUCUUAUUAAAUGAUUACUUGAAGAAUUUUCCUAGCACGUCCAGCGAGUUUAAACCUUUUGCUUUCAAGGGUAUGAUUAGUUUUGUAGAUGGCCUUGAGGGUUUAUGUCCUGUAAAGGAGGAAUACAAAAAGUUCUUCACAGAGCUGAAGGCUUUCAUGACCUUCCUAAACUCAGCAUCAGGAUCAUCGUCAGAAUUUAAUUCUAAGUUGAAAGCACAAUCUGAGGGGCUCUUCAAGGCUAUUUCUACAUUGAGUGGCAAAGCAGGAUCACCGGGGGGUACAAGCAAAUUGAUAGAAACUUUGACGUCGAUGGGAAAAACCUUGGCUGGUUACAAGAGGACAGGUUCACAAACAAUAACAAGUGAACAGAGGGAAAAGCUGAAGGAAACUAUGGUGAAAUGGGCAAAAGGGAUUGGUGAGUUUGUGAAAAAGGUAGGUGAGAAGAGUGGUGACGGUGAUAUUGAUCUCUCAUCCCUUGGCUUUGGAGGUGGAAGCUCUGACAGUGGUAGCCCAGGUGGAAGCCCAAGUGAUAGCUCUGGCUCAUCAGGAGCUAGUUCCAUAGGUGGUGGAACCUCUGAUGCUGCUGGGCCGAGUGGAAGCCCAACUGAUAGCUCAGCUGGAGAGAGUUCCAUGGGUGGUGGAAAUGAUACUGAAACUCAAGAUGCAUCUGGUGGUCCAAGCGGAAGUACAUCUGAUAUGUCCACAGAAGGAAGAAGUAUGAUGGGUGGUGGAAGUGGAAGUUCUAUGAGUGAUGGAGGUUCCUACUCAGAUACUACAGGUGGAAGCACCAUAAUAAGUACCGUUGGUGUCCCCCCUAAUUUAAUUUCUGGUGAGAGCUCCUACACUGGAAGUGGAAGCCCAUCUUACCAACCUGGAGGAGCACCUGUUGGAUGUAAUUGA